AUGGAAGACGAGAGCCAUAGCAGUUUGCCAAAUGGGUUCAGCACAGGAAGCCCUGAAAGUCCUUGCUUAAAGACAAACAACAACAACAACAACAACAAUAAUCACAAUAGCAACAAAGAACAGGAUCGCUUUCUCCCUAUAGCCAAUGUUGGUAGAAUCAUGAAAAAAGUGAUUCCUGCUAAUGGGAAAAUCUCAAAGGAUGCAAAAGAGACAGUUCAAGAAUGUGUAUCAGAGUUCAUCAGUUUUGUCACUGGGGAAGCAUCUGACAAAUGUCAAAGAGAAAAAAGGAAGACCAUUAAUGGGGAUGAUAUCAUUUGGGCCAUUACAACCUUAGGCUUUGAGGAUUAUGUUGAACCAUUAAAAUCUUACCUUCAGAAAUAUAGAGAGAUAGAAGGAGAGAAGCUUAAUAUUCCAAAGCAACAACGUUCUGAGCAAAGGCUACACCAACACCAACACCACCACCAUAACCAAGAUGAAAAUAAUCAACCAUUCAACAGUGUAUAUACUUCAACGAAUCUCAUUUCUCAGCCUCCAUAUGUUUCCACAGAUCAGCCAUUUUCAUUAUCGUUCUCCCCAAAUUCAAUUCAAAAACAGUUACGGCCGCAAGACCAGAUUGAUUCGAUGGGGCAUUGGUUUGAGUAA